CGGGUCGGGCGCCGUCGCGCUCCGCGAGAGUCGUUGACGCAGCAGUUCCGGCGGCCGCCGGCAGAGGGCGGCGCGCCAACUUAUAUAGAGCCGGAGCGUCGAGAGUGGAAAAGACGUUCGAGACGAGAGACGGAGUGUGAGGAAAAGAUUAUGAAAUUAUUAGCGAAGACUUUUAUCCGUCCAUCAGCGCGGCACAAAAACCAGCUCGAAAGGCAUCACCACCUUUCCCGUCCCUACGGACUAAUCGUCGAUUCGGCGCACUGACAGCGGAAGAACUCGUUCUCCUCCAACCUCCCGCUACUACACAAUCGUCAUGGUGGUCGUCCCCGGCCGCUCCGAGCCCGGACUGCCGGUCAAAGUGCUGGGCGCCGGCGCCGCCGCCUGCGUGGCCGACGCCAUUACCUUUCCCCUGGACGUGGCCAAGGUCAGGCUACAGAUUCAAGGAGAGAUGCUUUCGCAGGGACGGCUGGGCCGGAAGGGAGUACUGAAGUACCGAGGCGUGGCCGGCACCCUACUGACCAUGGCCCGACAGGAGGGAUGGGCCAGCGUCUACAACGGACUAUGUGCCGGACUGCAGCGACAGAUGUGUUUCGCCUCUAUCCGCAUCGGCAUGUACGACACGGUCAAGACCUAUUACUCCGACCUGACCGGCAAAUUUACCGGUAACGACAAGAAAAGGAACGGAGUGGGAAUCAGGAUCCUGGCCGGCAUCAGCACCGGCGGCAUCUCGGUUGUAUGCGCUCAACCCACCGACGUGGUCAAGGUCAGGAUGCAGGCGCAGAACGGCAACGAGCCCAAGAGAUACACCGGAACUAUCCACGCCUACAAGACCAUCGGGCGACAAGAGGGACUGGCCGGUCUGUGGAAAGGAACCGUGCCCAACAUCACUCGCAACGCCAUCAUCAACGCCGCCGAACUGGUGUGCUACGACUGCGUCAAGGAAUUCUUGAUCGUCCGUCGCUACAUGUCGGACAAUCUCCCCUGCCACUUCGCCUCGGCCUUCGCCGCCGGCUUCUGCGCCACCGUGGUGGCCUCUCCGGUGGACGUGGUCAAGACCCGCUACAUGAACUCUCCCCUGGGCAGUUACCGCGGAGUGGUCGACUGCGCCGCCCGCAUGUUGGCGGAAGGAGGACCCACGGCUUUCUACAAAGGGUUCGUGCCAUCCUUUGUGCGGCUGGCCUCUUGGAACGUCUGCAUGUUCGUCACCUACGAACAGUUAAAACGCCUGUUCUCCGCCUUCCAACGAAAGAACGUCUUGGUGUUGGCCACCUCUUGAUCGACCGCCGACUCAGCCUGCGGCAGAGGCAGUUUUGGCCUCCCCUUUCUAUAGGAUGCAUUUCGGUAGACGUUUAUACCCGUUUCGGAGGAUGACCCCUCUUAUUUUUAACCGUUUCUACUCGUUUCCAGGUUUAAAAAUCUUUUGGAUCCGGAAAUGGCGGACGGAGUCGCCGUCCCUCACCCAAUUUUAUAUUAGCUCUAUACAUACAUAUAUAUGUGUAUAUAUACCUAUAUAUAUAUAUUUGUUAGAAAUAAACCUUAUCUCUAAAUUCUGGAAUUUCCUUUUUCGUC